AUGUCAACCAUUACUAAUAACAAUUCGUGGGCGGGCGCCAUCCCGGCUGCCCAGGGUCUGUACAACCCCGAGCUCGAAAAAGAUGCCUGUGGCGUUGGCUUCAUGGUCCACGUCAAAGGUGUCAGAUCGCACAAGAUCCUCAGUGAUGCUAGCAGCAUUCUCUGCAACAUGACCCAUAGAGGUGCCAGUGGUGCCGACAUCCGUGACGGUGACGGUGCUGGUGUCAUGACCGGAAUACCCCAUCAAUUCUUCGUCAACGAAACCCAGAGAGAACUCGGAAUCUCUUUACCCCAAGAAGGCCAAUACGCCGUCGGAAACCUGUUCAUGAAAGGCGACGAGGACUCUGUCCAGGAGUCCAAGAUGGUCUUUGAGACGCUGGCUUCGUCACUCAACCUCAACGUCCUCGGCUGGCGUUCAGUCCCCCGCGACUCAACCAUCAUCGGCCCUGCCGCCAAGUCCAAGGAGCCCGCGAUCGUACAGCCCUUUGUCGUACUCGCAGACCAGUCAGACUUUGACGAACAGCGCUUCGAACGCCAGCUCUAUGUCCUUCGCAAGCAUGCAACCCACACCCUCACAAUGAAAAAGUGGUUCUAUGUCUGCUCUCUCUCAAACAAAAACAUCGUCUACAAGGGUCAGCUCACCCCAAAGCAGGUCUACCAAUACUUCCACGAUCUUAACAACGUCCAGUACACAACCCACUUUGCUCUUGUCCAUUCUCGUUUCUCCACAAACACCUUUCCCUCAUGGGAUCGUGCUCAACCCAUGCGUUGGUGUGCUCACAAUGGUGAAAUCAACACUCUUCGUGGUAAUAAGAACUGGAUGCGUUCCCGUGAAGGUGUCAUGGCCUCUGACAAGUUCGGUUCCGAACUCGAGCUACUUUACCCUAUCAUUGAAGAAGGCGGCUCUGACUCGGCUGCUUUCGAUAACGUCCUCGAACUGCUGGUCAUCAACGGUGUCGUUUCUCUGCCCGAAGCUGUCAUGAUGAUGAUUCCCGAAGCAUGGCAGAACAACGACGCAAUGAGCCCGGACAUGAAGGGCUUCUAUAGAUGGGCUGCCUCGCUCAUGGAACCCUGGGAUGGCCCUGCUCUCUUCACUUUCUCUGAUGGCCGCUACUGUGGUGCCUCCUUGGAUCGCAACGGUCUCCGUCCCUGUCGCUACUACUUGACCACCGAUGACAUCAUGAUCUGUGCCUCAGAAGUCGGAACCGUCUACGUUGAUCCUGAAACCAUCGUCCAAAAGGGCCGUCUGCAGCCUGGCCGCAUGUUGCUCGUCGAUACCGUCGAGGGUGUGAUUGUCGAUGACAAGGAACUCAAGCAAAAGACUGCCGCCAAGUUUAGCUUCAACGAGUGGGUCAAGUCCCAGCAGAUCACCCUGACCAGCAUCGUCGACAAGGCACGCGAGGAAUCCGCGUUCGAGGUCCAGUUGGACGACUACUCUGUCCAGACUGACCCCCGUCUCAAGGCUUUCGGAUACACUCUCGAACAGCUCAACCUUCUCAUGAUCCCCAUGGCCAGCACUGGAAAGGAAGCCCUGGGCUCCAUGGGUAACGACACCGCUCUUGCCUGUCUGUCUGAGCAGCCCCGUCAGAUCUACGAGUACUUCCGCGAGCUCUUUGCCCAGGUCACCAACCCUCCCAUCGAUCCUAUCCGUGAGGAGAUCGUCAUGUCUCUCGAGUGCUACGUUGGUCCUGAAGGCAAUAUUCUUGAGAUCGACGAGGCCCAGUGCAACCGUCUGGCUCUCCCUUCACCUGUGCUCUCAAUGGAAGAACUUUCUGCCAUCAAGUCCAUGGAGAACUUCUAUCCCUCCUGGAAGGUUGCUACCAUUGACAUCACUUUUGCCAAGGAGACCGGUAUCCAGGGUUACGUUGAUGCCAUUGAGCGUGUCUGUACCGAGGUUACCCAGGCCAUCGAAGAUAACUACAAGGUCGUCAUUCUCUCUGACCGUGCCGUCUCUAGCGACCGUGUUGCCAUCUCUUCUCUCAUUGCCGCCGGUGGUGUCCACCACCAUCUCGUCCGCCACAAGCAGCGUUCCAAGAUCGCCCUCAUGGUCGAGACUGCCGAAGCCAGAGAAGUCCACCACUUCUGUGUUCUGUUGGGUUACGGUGUUGAUGCCAUCUGUCCUUACCUUUCCAUGGAGGCCAUGAUGAAGCUCUGCCGCGAGGGUGCUGUUCACGAGGGACUGACUGCCCAGAAGCUGAUCUACAACUUCAAGAAGGGUAUUGACAAUGGUAUCAUGAAAGUCAUGUCCAAGAUGGGCAUUUCUACUCUUGCUUCUUACAAGGGUGCUCAGAUCUUCGAGGCCCUCGGUGUAGAUGACACUGUGAUCUCCCGCUGCUUCACCGGUACAGCCUCGCGUAUCAAGGGUGUCACAUUUGAUAUCUUUGCCCUCGAUGCCCUGACUUUGCAUGAGAGCGGUUACCCUUCACGCAACAUUGUCCAGCCCGUCGCUCUUCCCGAAUCUGGCGAGUACCACUGGCGUGACGGUGGAGAGGCACACAUUGCCGAUCCCUCUGGUAUUGCAAACCUCCAGGAUGCCGUCCGUGAGAAGAACCAGUCGUCAUAUGAUGCUUAUACCCGCAACGCCUAUGAAGCCAUCAAGAAGUGUACUCUGCGUGGCAUGCUCGAGUUUGACUACGAGAAGGCCAAGCCUAUUCCCAUUGAGCAAGUCGAGUCCUGGGAUUCGAUUGUCAAGCGCUUUGUCACUGGUGCCAUGUCCUACGGCUCUAUUUCUAUGGAGGCUCACUCUUCGCUCGCUAUUGCCAUGAACAAGCUCGGCGGAAAGUCCAACACUGGUGAGGGUGGUGAGAAGCCCGCUCGUUCGAUCCCCCUCGAGAACGGCGACAGCAUGCGCUCGGCCAUCAAGCAGGUUGCAUCUGGUCGUUUCGGUGUCACUUCAUUCUACCUUUCUGAUGCCGAGGAGUUGCAGAUCAAGAUGGCCCAGGGUGCCAAGCCCGGUGAGGGUGGUGAGUUGGCUGGUGGCAAGGUUUCUGAGGAGAUCGCUUCUACCCGCAAGACCACUCCUGGUAUCGGUCUCAUUUCCCCCCCUCCCCAUCACGACAUUUACUCUAUCGAGGAUCUCAAGCAGCUCAUUUACGAUCUCAAGUGUGCUAACCCCCGCUCGCGUGUGUCUGUAAAGCUUGUGUCCGAGGUUGGUGUGGGUAUUGUUGCUUCGGGUGUUGCAAAGGCCAAGGCCGAUCAUAUCCUUAUCUCCGGUCACGAUGGUGGAACUGGUGCUUCUCGCUGGACUGGUAUCAAAUAUGCUGGUCUUCCUUGGGAACUCGGCCUUGCUGAGACUCACCAGACCUUGGUUCUCAACGAUCUCCGUGGUCGUGUUAUUGUCCAGACCGAUGGUCAGAUCAAGACUGGUCGUGAUAUUGCUGUUGCUUGUUUACUUGGUGCUGAAGAGUGGGGUUUCGCUACUACUCCUCUUAUUGCUCUUGGUUGUACCAUGAUGCGCAAGUGCCAUUUGAACACUUGCCCUGUUGGUAUUGCUACCCAGGAUCCCGAGCUCCGCAAAAAGUUCGAGGGUUCUCCUGAGCACGUUGUUAACUUCUUCUUCUACUUGGCUGAAGAGCUCCGUAGCUACAUGGCCAAGCUUGGUUUCCGUUCCAUCAAUGAGAUGGUUGGUCGCGCCGAGUUCCUCAAGGUCAAUGACUCUCUCCGUACCUACAAGACUGCCAACCUUGAUCUUUCUCCAAUCCUGACCCCUGCAAGCUCUCUCCGCCCUGGCGUUGCCAGCCACUGUGUCAGCAAGCAGAAGCACAACCUCCACGUCCGUCUCGAUAACUACUUUAUUGAAGAGUCCGAGCCCGCACUCUCGAACAAGGAAAAUGUUGUGAUUGAUGCCCAGGUCGUGAACACCGAUCGUGCUCUCGGUACUACUCUCUCUUACCAUGUUUCCAAGCGCCAUGGCGAGAACGGCCUCCCUGCCGAUACUAUCCAGAUCAAGUUGACCGGUUCUGCAGGUCAGUCUCUCGGUGCCUUCUUGGCCCCUGGUGUGUCCAUCGAACUCGAGGGUGAUGCCAACGAUUAUGUCGGCAAGGGUCUGUCUGGUGGUAAGCUUGCCAUCUUCCCUCCCAAGUGCUCUACCUUCAAGUCCGAGGAGAACAUCAUUGUCGGAAACGUCUGCUUGUACGGUGCUACUAGUGGUAAGGCCUUCUUCCGUGGUAUUGCUGCCGAGCGUUUCUGUGUCCGUAACUCUGGUGCUAUUGCUGUGUGUGAGGGUGUUGGAGAUCACGGUUGCGAGUACAUGACCGGUGGUCGUGCUGUCAUCCUUGGCAAGACUGGUCGCAACUUUGCUGCCGGUAUGUCUGGUGGUAUUGCCUAUGUUCUCGAUACCGACGAGACAUUCAAGCCCAAGGUCAACAUGGAGAUGGUCAACCUUGAGACUGUCAAUGAUGAUGAGCGUGUUGCCGAAUUGCGUGACCUGAUCGAGGAUCACUUCCACUAUACCGGCUCUCCCUUGGCUGGCCGCAUCCUGCAGAAUUUCACCGAGUACUUGCCCAAGUUUGUUAUGGUUAUGCCAGUUGAGUAUGGUGAGCUCUUGAUGAAGGCCCGCGCUGCUGCUGCCCAGGCCAAUGUUCCAGUUGAAGAAGAGAAGGUGUGUGAGCAUGAGCAUAAGAAGGUCGAGCCAGUGUUGGAUGAUCUUGAGGACAGUGUCCUUGACGAGGAAGCCAUCCUUGCCCGUCGUGCCAAGCUUGACAAGAUCAAGGGUUUCAUGAAGUACAAGCGCAGAACCGACUCUUACCGCAAUGCCUCCAAGCGUACUUCGGACUGGGACGAGAUCAACAACCGUCUGACCCGCCCUCAGCUCCACGAGCAGGCCGCCCGCUGCAUGGACUGUGGUGUUCCAUUCUGUCAGUCUGAUACCGGUUGCCCCAUUGGUAACAUCAUUCCCAAGUGGAACGAGCUCGUUUACAAGGACAACUGGAAGGAUGCCCUUGACCGUCUUCUGAUGACCAACAACUUCCCCGAGUUCACCGGUCGUGUGUGCCCUGCUCCUUGCGAAGGUGCCUGUGUCUUGGGUAUCAACGAACCCCCUGUUGCCAUCAAGAGCAUUGAGUGCGCCAUCAUUGACCGCGGUUUCGAUGAGGGAUGGAUGGUCCCUACUCCCCCUCUCCAGCGCACUGGUAAGACUGUUGCCAUCAUUGGUUCCGGCCCUGCUGGUCUUGCUGCCGCCGAUCAGCUCAACAAGGCUGGCCACAGCGUCACUGUCUACGACCGUAACGACCGUAUGGGUGGUCUGUUGAUGUAUGGUAUUCCCAACAUGAAGCUCGACAAGAAGAUCGUCCAGCGCCGUGUGGAUCUUUUGGCUGCCGAGGGUAUUACCUUUGUCCCCAAUGCAAACAUCGGUGUCGAUGUUGAUGCCAAUGCCAUCCGUGCCGAGAACGAUGCUCUCAUUGUAGCCACCGGUGCCACCUGGCCUCGCGACCUCAAGAUCCCCGGCCGUGAGCUCGAUGGUGUCCACUUUGCAAUGGAGUUCCUCCAGGCCAACACCAAGAGUCUUUUGGAUUCUCAGCUCAAGGAUGGCCAGUACUUGUCUGCCAAGGACAAGCACGUCGUUGUGAUUGGUGGUGGUGACACUGGUAACGAUUGUAUCGGUACUUCGGUCCGUCAUGGCUGCAAGUCCGUUGUCAACUUUGAGCUUCUUCCCCAGCCUCCCAACACCCGUGGUAGCGACAACCCAUGGCCCCAGUACCCCCGUGUCUUCAAGGUCGACUAUGGUCACUCUGAGGUCAAGGCCCACUUUGGUAACGAUCCCCGUGAGUACUGUGUUCUUUCCAAGGAGUUCGUGUCCGAUGGCGAGGGAGCUAUCAAGGGUAUCAACACCGUUCGUGUUGAGUGGACCAAGGACUCUGCUGGUCGCUGGGCAAUGAAGGAAAUCGAGGGCUCUGAGCAGUUCUUCGAGGCAGAUCUUGUCUUGUUGUCCAUGGGUUUCUUGGGUCCUGAGGAAGCCGUCUGCAAGCAGCUUUCCCUGAAGCAGGAUGGACGUUCGAACAUCGAGACCCCCAAGGGCAAGUUCAGUGUCCCCAAUGUUGAUGGUGUCUUUGCUGCUGGUGAUUGUCGCCGCGGUCAGUCUUUGAUUGUGCACGGUAUUAAUGAAGGUCGUCUUUGCGCUCGUGAGGUUGAUCAGCACUUGAUGGGAAGCACCUAUCUCCCCGUUGCAGGUGGUAUUAACCAGCGCGCACUCAAGAACACUGUUGCUGCUACCAUUACCGUCGAGGCAUAAAAAGAAAAAGAAUAUAUAUACAUACACACAUACACACACACACAUACAUAAAAUAAAUUACUACUACUACUAUUACUAUUACUACUAUUACUACUAUUAUCAUUAUUAGUUUCUUUACUGCUUUUUUUUUUGUUAUUAUUUUAUUGUUCAGUUUAUCUUGUAUAUAACACUUCCUCAACCUCAUUUUAUUAUUAAAAGAAAAAUGCAAUGUCGAGCGUGUCAUUUUAUU